GCUCGAAGGACGAGUCGGAGGAUGAACAGAUGGCAAUCUGCGUGGUACCGGAGAAGCCCGUGGUGGAUCCUCGAUACAUGAAAGUGAAGAGAAAGAGGGCAGAGAAGACGGGAGUGUUCUUCAAGAAGGAGGAUUAUGCUUACCUUGUGAGCGAGCACACAAAGGCGUGCUCUUCAAAGCGCAGCGAGCUGUCAGGCGUGAGGGGGAUCCGCGGGGAGUUUGAUCGGAUCGCAGAGUUCAACUUGAAGAACACGCUGGACGAGGACAAGGAGAAGGCAGAGGAGUGGGCGGAACGGAUGCGUGACGGCAAGUGGCACGAGGAUGCGGACGGCGUACCGUUUUCGUCGCGAGUCAUGUGUCUGAUUGCCAAGCGGGUGUGGUGCGAGCCCGACAUGGUGUUGACUGCCUAUCAGCUCGUUUGGACCUGCAUGGUGGUGGAGGCCCACCUUCGUGGGCAGAACUUGGACAAGAACGACAACGUCAACGCCAACAACAUGCAGGCGAUGGCGAAGGUCGUGGCGACCCGCUUAACCAAGGCACGGAAGGCCAAGCAGGUAACGAAGGUGACUGUGAAGGACCUCGACAAGGAGGUGACCGUCGACCUCAUCCCCGCGUACAUCGAGCUUGGCUUUCAAGACGCUGUGCGAGGAGGACGGAAGCAGAAGGAUGCCAAGAAGCCUGGGAAGGAACGCAACACGGAGCAGGCUGCCUGGGACGAAAUCUUGGGUGCGGGCAAUGAGGAUGAGCCCGUUUGA